AGGAAUCACAGACGGAGAUGAGUGAUGGAGACUGAUGCACUACGUUGCUGGAAAUGUAGAAAAUACAUAGCAAGUUCUGCUUGCCUUAUAAAAUGUCACGGAAGAGAACCAUCUAAAACACCUCAGCUGUCAGAUGCCGCUCAGGAAACUUGCAAUGUAUGGCAUAUGAACUUAGAAGCCAUUCCAGAAUGGGUAAAAUGCGUUAUUGAAAAGGCACAGUGGACAAUUGGAAAACUGCACUGUCCCUUCUGUGAGGCCCGCUUAGGGGGUUUUAACUUUGUUUGCAACACGAAGUGCUCCUGUGGACAGUCUGUAAACAUACAUUUCUGCAAGAGUCGGACUGACUAUCAGGCAGCUUUUGCUGUUAAAGUGGCAAAACCAUCAGCAAAACACUUGACGCUCUGCAAAAUUAAAUCUGAUUUUAACACAGAUCCCCACCACAAAGUGUUAUCUGCAGCUUUGGAAAUCAAAAAUCAAGGGUUUUCAUACAUGGCCAGAAAUUAUAAUGGUAGUGGAAGACUAACAGAAGCACUUUGUCUGGAAGUAAGAUCACCCAGUUUCAAGAUGAAGAGUAAAAAUCUUCCUCCAGAUGCAUUAAAGCAAAGACAAAAUCCGUCUGCUGCCUGGCCUGUGAAUGGUGCAUGCACUGUAAAAGCUUUUCACAGAAGAUCACGCAGUUUGGAUUUAAAUAUCAGAGAGAGUCUUGUUUUGUUGCCUGCUUUAUAUGUAACUUCAAGUGUGGGAACUAUUUGCUGUGGCCAAAAUGAAAAUCCACCUGUUUACACAAGAUGUGACUUGCAAUUAGGGUCAAGUCAGAAAGGUGAGACUGCUUUUCAGGGCCAGUAUAGUUCAAAUGCUGAUGAACUACGGAAAAGGUUUCAAGUUACCUCCUUUAAUGCAUUAGUACAUAGAGAAAUAGAAAGUGAAUGUGAUUUUGAAGCUCCGGGGCAAUAUUCUGGGAGUGCCAUUGUAGAUCAGUCACCUUUUGCAAUGAACCUUUCUUCAUCUACAAGUGCAGUAGAAGAGGAACGGCAUGUGGUACCUGUUGGUCCUGUGCAACCUGCAAAUAUUUCCUUAAACCAAAAGCUGAGCAAGAGAGAAAGAAACAAAUUGAAAAGCUUAAGGAGAAAACAAAAAAGGCGAGAACGGUGGCUACAGAAGCAGACUGCAAAUGAUAACCUGCACACAGAUGAUGAGCAUGAAUUCAGAGGAGACAAAGAAAGCUAUCUGUGUGCAGUGUGCCUGGAUCUUUAUUUCAAUCCUUACAUGUGCUAUCCCUGCCACCAUAUCUUCUGUGAACCUUGCUUGAGGACCCUUGCCAAAGACAAUCCAGCCAGCACGCCAUGCCCACUAUGUCGCACUACAAUUGCCAGAGUCUUUUUCCAAGCAGAACUGAACAACUCUACCAAAUCUUUUUUUCCAACGGAAUAUUUGAAAUUAAAAGAAAGUUUUCAAAAAUCAAAUUCUGCAAAAUGGCCUCUACCAAGCUGCAAGAAAGCUUUCAGAGUUUUUGAAGCAGGUUUUCAAAGACGCUCAGCUACUGUAACAAGGAGGCAUUUCCCCCAUGCUGCUCACAGGAUGGACUACAUGGACUUUGAGGAUGAUAGCCGUGGAUGGCGAUUUGAUAUGGACAUGGUGAUAAUCUACAUUUAUUCUGUCAACUGGGUAAUAGGAUUUAUUGUGUUCUGUUUUCUUUGUUAUUUCUUUUUCCCUUUUUAGUUUGUAUUCACUACAGUUCAAGAAAAGAGCAGUCAUGUGAACCA